AUGAACCUUCAGACGAGGAAUACGAGCGUGGCUAUUCAGAGUUCCGCAGGGGUCUGGAAGACCGAUACCCCCCAAGUCUGUGAUCAAUGCGAGCCUCGUGUCAGACAGCGGAUUCGCCAGGCGGGCUAUGAGGCUAAGGCCGACCAUCUCAGACGCAUGAUGGACCAAAGCAAGGCUAGCAAGGCAGCUCGUCGGACACGAGAACGGAGUUGGCAGAGCUUGCUUGUAUAUGCCGGCGCUUUUGGUUAUUGGACGAGCGUCCUUGGACAACUGGUGUGGGAUAUUGCCAGCAUUCUGACUGCGACUGCCCCGACAGAUGAUCUCAGCAUGUCGUCUGAUACGUCAAUGCAUCUCUGGUCCUGUGCAGUACAGACCAUAGAAAUUUAUCGAAUCCCCCAAGAAUGUGCUCUUGACAUGAGUUCAUCCGCAGGCACUGCGCUCGUUGUAGGUGUCCUAUCGCUCUGGUGGAACCCCAAACUGCGUGCGAAGAUCAAUGGCAGAUCUGGGAGAUUCACUGGUCUCGGGGAAUACUACCAAAUUCAGUUCAUUGCAUUGGUGGUAAGAUGUGUGUUUUGGGCUCUACUGAAGGAUCCCUCCGCGAGCGGACUCGAACAAAACCUCCCACCGGCUCUGCAUAUGGUCAUGUUGGCAUUCACUGCCAUUUGUGUCCUGCUUUCUCGCCGUGUCGUCGAUUAUGAUACUAGCCCAUUGGUGAAUUGGUCUGACAAUUCGUGGGAAAUGGCGCCGAUUCGAAGCACUCGAACUUCGCCCGCCUCUACGAGCCAGAAGCAAAAGGGUCCGCUGGCACCAAGCGCCAACUCCAAUGCGCUCCGAAACCGCUUCCCUGUGGACAAAUUAGCUGCUCCACGAGUCACUGUAGAGAAGCCGCCGGCUAUUCCCACACCACCUCCCGAAAAUGAUGACAUGGACUGGACACCCUCUCGACCCCAAGACCUUCAACCAAAAAUAAGUGUCUACCACCGUAACCGAAGCCAGCCAUCGGUGUUUGACGGGCCCAAUCCUUUUCAAGGCCAGAUCCCAGCCGCGCCUAAACCACCUGCUUGGACUCUCCGCACCAAGACAUCGGCGAAACCAAUUGAGCAGGUUGUUGAGCCUAAUCCAUUCCACCGCAGUCCCACUCAAUCUCCUACUUCGUGGAAACGCAAGUCUGACAGCUCAGAGCCGAUCUUUAAGCCUCCCAGGUUUUUUCCGAGCAGUGACCACAAUACGUCGACCGGGCUGGAAACCUUGUUUGACCGUGCGUUUACCAUCGAGACAGGAGAUGAGCCAAAAAGGAAUUGGCGCCAACCGAAGACGAGCCAAAAGUCGCCUCUCACCUAUUCACAAGCUCAUCUGAUUUUCCAAAGUCUUCGACUGUCGCUCCUGUCUGCGUCGGUUGUCGCUUGGACACUAUCUCAGAACCAAUUGUUCUUCAUUCGUGGAAACUACAUUGAAAUUGGGGCCUUGGGAAGCGCAAGCUUAAUUGCUGGGUUUGCGUUGUUGGAAGCUGUGAAGAGACCCCUCGGGGAGUGGAAUGGCAUGGAGAUCUUGAUCUAUAUCACCGAACUUGGGGCUGCCGUCCACUUUGGAGCACAUCUCCCCCAGGAUUCCUUUGACAGACACUAUUUCGACAGAUACGGCAAAAUCUUCCUCGGCUUCAUGAUCAUCCAAGAAGCCUUGGGUCUCUACGCGCUCUACCAAGCCAUUUCGAAAACUUCGGAACGAGACCCGACCAAACCCACAUCGCCACAAUUUGACUCAUCUAAGCAGCAGUCUCCGCAAUGUGAUGCUCUCGCUUGGUCCCCAUCAAAUUCCCCAACCCUCGCCUCCCCGCCCUUAGGCUCCUUUGGUGCACAGUCAUCUGCUCCUGCUCUUUCAUUCGGUUCCACUGCUGGAACACAGAGCUUCUCAUCUGCGCUACCGGCAACUGCUCCGCAGUAUCGACUAUCUUCGUCCCAAUCUCUUCAGUCCUUGUCAUCCGGAGGGCUUGACAGCUUACGACAAAUGCCGCAGAGUUUGACCAUGAAGUCUCUCAAAGAAAUGGAGCCCUUAUCGGAUUCUGAGCAAGAUUCGGAUACGGAGACGGUUGCGACCACGGCCACGAAUGCCACGGACGCUACCACUCGCAACAUUCGGUACACUGGCCAAGCAAACCCGUAUAGCAAUGUCUACUCUCCACGACGGAGUGAUCUUGGGCCUGGGAUCGGUGGCUUGAGCUUAGAUGACGGUCCAUCUUCCCGCCGUAUCACUCGAAGCCAGAGCCAGCGCGCUUUUGCAGGACAGGGCCUAUCUAGCCGCCUUCGUCGUUGA